GUGAUGGUGGAUUUAUGUAACAGCACAAAAGGGAUAUGCCUAACAGGCCCCGCAGGUCCCCCAGGGCCUCCUGGACUUGAUGGACUGCCAGGCUACAAUGGAUCAGAUGGACUCCCUGGCAUACCAGGGCAAAAGGGAGAACCAGGAAUAAAUGGAAAAAGAGGAAAAAUAGGUGUGCCAGGACCAAAAGGUGAUCAAGGACAGAAAGGAGAACCUGGAGAAAUGGGUUUACCUGGCAAGGAUGGUAUGCCAGGGGGAAAAGGUGCAAGAGGAGCCAAGGGGGAAAAGGGGGAUGCAAACAAUGAUGUGAUACUAGAAGGUGCAAAAGGUGAACCUGGCCUACCAGGGCCCCCUGGCCCACCUGGCCCCCCAGGGCCUCCACAGAAACGUAAACGUAAAGCUAAAGCACAGCUUGAGGAGAACAUAUACAGCAGCAAAUGCACAGGGCAACUCUGUCGUGUACCGAGUGAUGACAUCCCAGCUGGAAAAGCUGAAGACAGAACCUCCAGUCCUUCAAAAAGAGCUGAAUGUGUCAUAACAUCCAUAGGAAGUCCUGUUCACUUUGUCACUGUACCGCAAACGUUUGGAACUUGGAUGAGGGAACCUGCAAAUAUAAGUGAUGAAAGGAUUUGGCUUACCAUGCAUUUUUCAGGAAACUCUAUAAAAGAAUAUGAGAAUUCCAAUGCCUUGCUGAAUGACAGCUACAGGAUCAUUAACAUCACAGGAUUCUUUUACGGAUGUGGUCAUGCAGUGCAUAACAAUCAUCUGUACUACCAGAAGGGAGGAACCAAUGUCAUUCUGAAAUUUGGGCUGGAUAAAGCAUCACUGGGCACACUGCUGAUCGAAAACGCCUUACAUCAUGGUCGUAACUACCUCUUCUCUAACUCGAAGACGUAUUUCAACAUAGCAGUGGAUGAGAAGGGUCUUUGGAUUAUAUAUGCCUCAAGCACUGAUGAAAAUAUAAUGGUAGCACAUGUUGAUGAAGAAACAUUUUCAGUCAUUCGGCACAUCAACACUACAUACCCAAAGGCCAAGGCUGGUAACGCAUUCAUAGCAUGUGGCAUUAUGUAUGUUACUGACACUAAGGACAUGACAGUAAGUUUUGCUUUUGAUUUACUGAAGGGACAGCAUAUUGAUGUAAGGUUUGAGUUACGUUCUUCACAGUCUGUUCUUGCUAUGCUUUCCUACAGUCUACGAGAUAAGAAUUUGUACACAUGGGAGAAUGGGAGCUUAAUGGUAUAUCCUGUACAUUUGGCAGAUGAAUGUAUUUUAACAUGCCAUGUAUAG